AUUGAGAGCACCGGAAGAGAAGCAGGUGUCUUCCUUGGCCAUCUUGUGGUUAUCCACCGUGAGCCGUUCGCGCGAAGCCUCGAAGAAUCGGAGGAUAAUCCCGUUGUUGGGGCGCCAUCAUGCCGGGGCAUCUGCAAGAAGGCUUCGGCUGCGUCGUUACCAAUCGGUUCGACCAGUUAUUGGAUGACGAAUCCGACCCCUUCGAGAUAUUAAAGGCGGCCGAGAACAAGAAGAAAGAAGCGGCCGCGUCAGGCGCCUCGAAGACGGCAGCUCAAGCCGCCAAACAGCCGAAGAAAGAGUCCCAGAAAGACAGGAAAAAUGUAGUGCAGGACAAGAAAGAAGAAACCCAGGCCCCUGUGCCACUUAAGAAAGAGGGGAUGAGGAGGGUUGGCCGGCGGCCGGAGCAGCAGGGUCAGGUCAGUUCCCAGCACCAGGGAGGUCAAGGAGAGGCUCGGCCCGGCGACAGACGACCCGAGAGACGACCUCCUCGUGAACGACGCUUUGAGAAACCAGCUGAUGAGAAACCAGAGUCCGGCGAGUUCUCUGCGGACAGGCCAUUUGGGGAUAAGCCCCCUAGAGGCCGUGGAGUAGGCCGCGGGGCCAGAGGAGGCCGUGGACGAGGUGUGGGACGCGGAGAAGGCUUUGAUUCCCGAGGCAAGCGUGACUUUGACAGACACAGCGGCAAUGACAAAUCUCGACAGAAAGGAGAGGAGAAGCGCGGUGGGAGUGGCUUGCACAACUGGGGCAAUGUGAAGGAAGAAGCCAGUGAGCUCGAUCAGUCUGCAGCACCAGAGCCUGUUCCUGAAGGUGAAGAUCAAGCCCCUGCUGACUCUGAAAACAAGGAGAAUGAGGCCGAGGAGGUGAAGGAGGAAGGUCCUAAGGAGAUGACACUGGAUGAGUGGAAGGCCAUGCAAGACAAAGAACGCUCCAAAGUUGAGUUCAACAUCCGCAAGCCCAACGAGGGCAACGACGGUCAGUGGAAGAAGGGCUACGUACUGCACAAGUCAAAGAGUGAGGAAGUUGGCACGCGUCCAGCUGGAUCUGUGAUUGAAGCCGGAGAUGUUGAUCCUGAUUCAUUUCAGAAGGCUGAAGAGGGGGGAGAUCACCACUUCCGGAAGCCCGCCAAUGACAUCACCUCCCAGCUGGAGAUAAACUUCGGAGACUUGGGUCGGCCAGGACGUGGUCGUGGAGGAUCUCGUGGAGGCCGCGGCAGUCGAGGUGGAGGUGGAGGAGGAGGAGGAGGUGGUGGUGCUGGUGGAGGAGGAGGCGGUGCUGGUGGAGGAGGAGGCGGCGCUGGACGACCAGGCCGAGGUGGAGGCAGAUCUGAGAAGGGUGGAGGUGUUUCUGUUCCCAACGUGGAUGAUCCUGAGGCUUUUCCAGCCCUGGCUUAAGCCUCCGCUCCACCACCGAACCUUCCUCCAGGCCCCUGACCCUCCUCUUCGACGCUUGCAUGAUUCCGGAUCGUUCGACCAUAGAAACCAGAAAAGAGAAAUACAUGAGACUGUCAUCCAUACACUGAGAACUGGCUUUUACCUGCAGAAAAACACAAAAAGGACUUCUCGUUACACUGAAGCAAAUUAUGGGUAGAGGUUUUGUAUUUAGAGACAUGAUAGCAGGGAUGUUCAUACAGUAUUUUUUUCCCUUUUUUCCAGAGAUUAUGCAUUCGCCAUAAAUAUUUUUUUAUUGCUGCUUGAAUGUAUGCAUUUUCAAGAUAGGAUCAAAGUGUGUUGUGAACGCUUACGCUUCAGUCGUGACACUGCGGUGUCUGCGUGUAAUCCAGUACACUCUCAAUGGCUCUACCAAAAGCAGAACUUUUUGUUUUAAUUUUUUUUUCUCCAACAAGUGAGAGUACGAGACUUGUAGUGAUGAUUUUACUAUUAAAAUAUAUACACGAGUAAUGUAUAAUGACUAUUUUAAAUGUUUUGAGAGAAGGUUCUAAGGUCAAGCUACCCUCCUGAUGUUUGGAUUUUAUUUUCUUGACCGGUAGCAAGAAGCAAAUGCGUCGUCUUGAUCUUGCUUUAGUGUGUUUCCUGUCGUCCUCUGCUGGACCUUUGAUAUUAGUAUGCAUAGUUGUAUUUGUUCCUCAGAGAGUUGAUUUCCUCAUCUUGUUGGAGCACCCAGGGCUCAAUGGAGAUCCAGGCUGGUCCUUGUAAGUUCAUCUCUUAGAAACCUUAGGACCACUUUCUGAACCGUAAAUGUUGGUGAUUUUUGUGUGUAUGUGUGCGGAAGAGAACCUGUUUUUAAAUAUUCAUCGUCCACAAGUUUAUUUUCCUGAGCUUAGAUGGUAAGUUUCUGCAAGACAUGUUCUUAACAUGAAGUUUUAUUGACUUUUUAGUGAGUUUUCUUUAGCUGAGUUUGUUGACAUAUCUUGCACUUGGAUUAUGGUGACGUUUGAAAUCUAGCUACUAAGCACAUGGUCUAUUUGCAUCAGUACCAUUUGUUUAUUUGUAUUCCUUCUGUGAUCUUUGCUGUGUUUUUAUUUUUAAUUAUUACUAUGAUGGCACGACUGCUUGUGUUUUCUGGAAAAAGUGUGUAAUUCAGGGUGGGACAACAGUGUGCUGCGAAGUUGGAACCAGCUUCUUAUGUAUGUGAACUAGUGAGACCUCCAAGUGUGAUGGCCGAUGUACUCUGUAUUCAUAGGAGGAGGGACAAUAAAAUGGAAGACGACACUA